UUUCAGAAUAUACAGCAACUGCCUCUACCUAAGCAGUGCCCGGUUUAGGAGAUUUACGGUAAAGCCAUGUUUCCUAGGAGGUCAGUACAAAAAGCCAGGCUUCUACCGGCAGUUUCCGGGAGACAUAAGCUUUCCAUCCGACGCAGCGUUUUACCUUUUUCUCUGGGAAAUGUUUAUACUAGAAAAGGCUCAACUGGGAUAUUCAUCAGCUGCUUCCUGCUCCCGUGGUGUUUGGUGGGGCUGAAAACGGACAAGGAUAAAAUGCGCUGGGCAUCUCAGGAUCAUGGAAAACCUGGAACUGAGGCUCAGGAAUGCCCCCCAUUUUCGCUGUGAGAAGGGAAACAGCUCUGUCCCCGUGUGCCAGAAGUGUGAAACAUGUGUCCUCACCUGGAAGAUCUUCUCUACCAAACAGUGGUUCCGGAGGAUCGGUGAGAUACCCCAAAGGAGGUUUCUGGUCAGCAUCCUGGAGCAGUUGGAUAGCUUGUAUUUGUUACACUAUUUCCAGAACAUCCUUCAGGCCACGCAGGGGAAGGAUUUCACCUACAGCCGGUCCCGGAUCAACCUCAGCAAGAAGGAGGGGAAAAUCGGCAGGUCUUCCUUGAACCAGAUGUUGGAUAAAACAGUCGAACAGAAGAUGAGGGAGAUUUUGUACUGGUUCGGGAACAGCACCCACUGGACGAAGGCAAAUUACACGCUCUUGCUGUUCCAGAUGUGUGACCCCAAGUUACUGCUCUCUGCUGCCAAUGUCAUCAGAGUCCUGUUCCUGAGAGAGCAGAGCAAUGUCGCAGGGCUCAGUCAGUCCGCCAGUGAUGUGUUUGUCUUCCCCGGGAAAGACCACCACCAGUCUGAGACCUCGCAGGUCUGCCGGGCAGCCGGAACCAAGAACACAUCCUUCCCUUUGUCCAGAUCUCCAGGGAAAGAAGGGUUGCUUGAAAAUAUGGGGGGCGGACCAUCCGACACUGGACAAUGGAAGAGUUCUCUCCAGUGUAUUUCUGAGAUGAACCGGCUGUUUUCCAGAAAAGCAGGCAGGUCCAAGGCAGAGAGCGCCCCCUCCGACCUGUUGGUUGACUUGGAUGUGGUCCGAGACCUGUCUUCUGGGGCCAGAAAAUACCGAGACUUCAUCCGUCACCUGCCCAUCCACCUCUCCAAGUAUAUUCUAAGUAUGCUGGGGCGAAUUGGGGGAUUUCUCAAGACACUCUUCAUCAUGGCUCUGAUGGGAGGUUCCCAGGUCCGUCAUCUUUUUUUUUUCCCCCCCCCAGGUAUGCUGGAUAAAAACAGCCUGAACGGGUGUGCCUUUGUGAGCCAGCACUGGGCUGCGCUGGCCCAACAGGUCAAGAAGGAUCUUUCCAUGCAUACUUUCAUUCAGAACCAGAUCGCCUUCUUGCAGGGGUCCUACACGGGGGGAAUCGAACCUAAUUACGCCAACAAGCUUCUUAUCCCGGUUCCUAAGAUGACAGAUGAUGGGAAACGCAUGCGUGCGAAAAAUCAGAAAUGGAAACUGAGAAUGAAGAAUGACUACAACCUGUGGACCGCAUACCAGAACCAGGAAACUCAGCAGGUCCAGAUGGAGGAGAGAAAUGUCUUCUGUGGGACUUAUAAUAUCCGCAUUCUCUCUGACACGUGGGACCGAAACAGAAUCAUUCACUAUUCCGGGGGACAUUUGGUAGCCGUGUCAUCCAAUCGGAAGAUCCAGCUUCUAGAUGUCAUACAAGUAAAGGAGGUACCCAUCGCGUUCCGAGGCCAUGCCGGGAGUGUCCGCGCCCUCUUCCUGUGUGAGAAGAAGAACUUUCUACUGAGCGGAAGUUAUGACCUGAGUAUUAGAUACUGGGAUCUGAAAAGUGGGGCUUGUAUACGAAUCUUCAAUGGCCACCAGGGGACAGUCACUUGCAUGGAUUUAUAUAUGAACAAACUUGUAUCCGGAGCAAGAGAUUGCCAGGUGAAAGAGUGGGAUGUCGAGACAGGGAAGUGCCUGAAGACGCUUAAACACAAAGACCCCAUCUGGGCCGCCAGGAUCAAUGACAGCUACAUCGUGAGCAGCUGUGAGCGGGGGAUAGUCAAAGUGUGGCACACUGUCACGGCCCAGCUGGUAAAGACUCUCAUUGGCCACGAGGGAGCCGUGAAGUGUCUGUGCUUUGACCCGUGGCAUCUCGUCUCAGGAGGUGCAGAUGGCCUGGUCAUGGCCUGGAGCAUGGUGGCAAAGUACGAGCCGUGCCUCAUGGCCUUCAAGCAUCCGAAGGAGGUGCUUCAUGUGGCUCUUCUCUUCCUCCGGGUCAUCAGCGCCUGUGCCGACGGCAAGAUCCGCAUUUACAAUUUCCUAAAUGGGAACUGUCUGAAGGUGAUGAAAGUCAAUGGCAGAGGUGACCCCGUGCUGUCCUUCUUUAUUCAGGGCAACAGGAUGGUGAUCAACACGGAGAGCAAUAUUCUCAUGUUCCAGUUUGAGAAUGUUAAGUGGCAGUACUCCCUGGACAAGGCCAAACAAAAGAAGAAGGAGAAAGAAGAGGACAGGGAAGAAAACAGCCUUGUGGAAGUUCUCUCCAGGUCUAGCACUCAGGUUUCCAGCCUGAAGGACUCGUUAUCCAGUCAACAAACUGUGACCCAGGAGUCCCUGUUAAGUAAACCAUGCAGGUCCCGAGUUUUCCAGAGGACAACCAGGUUACCUACAGAUGAUGAGAAAAUUCAAAAAGAAAGACGCCCCGUAGACAUGAUCAAGAGCUCAAAGAAAAAGUCCUGGCAAAUCCCUAUGUCACCUGACCAGUUCCUACUGACCGUUAAUGCCCUGCAGCAGGCCCAUAAUUCGGGGUCAUUUGCCUAUCCCCGUAGGCCGCAAACCCAAGUCAUCGAUGCCCAGGGACCUUCGAUUCCACACCCAAGGAAGGUCUUGAGUUUCAAAGGAAAAUCAAUCCAACACGCAGUUGAUAGGUUGAGGCGCAGCGAGCCUCCCAUAGAUGUGAAACAAACCAACAUUCCCCUGGAGAUCCAGAAACUGCAGCCCAACCUGAAGAACUCUUUGCACAGUCCCCGAGUCCAGUCCACCAUACCCCAGCCUGUGAUAAUCCACCCCCGACUCACCGGCAGCUGCAGGGGUGAAGACCAAGUGACCAGCUCCAUUGACGGGACCGUGCGCGCCUUCAGCCCAUUAACCAGCACGCAGGUCAUUAAACCGAACCGCAUGCUGGCCCCACCAGCGGGCAUGACAACCAAAUCUGUCAAGAGAGAACGACCUCACUUCUGUACGACCCUUGAUCCCUUUAGAGCGAACACUCAGUUCAUGUUGUUGACUGUAAGGGAGGAGAAAGAGUACAGGGAGGCCAAGAGGAAGGAGCAUCAGGCCAGGAAGCCCACUGAAGUGCUCGAUCCAGAAAAAGCCAGCAAAUCUGCAUGGAUCAGGAAGAUCCAAGGCCUGCCUAUAGAUAAUUUCCUGAAGCAAGGGAAAAUAGCGGCUCCUGAACUUGGACAAAACAUGUUUAUCUGAACCAGCCUUGGGGCAUGAACAUCUUACAAUAAACAGAAAACCAAGUGGA